AUGUCGAAUCAAGGUAACCAGGUAAAUGCUGCUGCAUCCGGGGGGGCUCAAGGGAACCAGGAGGAGUCCCAGCCAUUUAUAAUACCAAGUAACCCGCAGGCUUUGGCGCAGUUUUUCACGGCUUUUCAAGAAUUUUAUAAGCAGAGCAGGUCCGCAGGCCAAGUGACACCCACACCAGGGGCAGCAGCACCAAUGACGGUCGCGACAGUGGCAACAGUACCAGCGGCAGUUGCACCGGCUGUAGCACCGGCCCCAGUGCAAUCUACACCUUUGGCGUUCUCCCAGGAGUUCAUCCCGGACACUCAACUCAAUGAGGUAGUACUUCCAGGUACAUCCGCGUCCUCUUUGGCAGUGCUGGGUGCAGCCAAAGAGGCAACAGCCCGGCAAAAGAAGAACACCCGCGCUCAGUCUGCCACCUCAGGCAAGACAAAGGGUGGCCAGAGGGGUGGCAGGAAGGGUAAGGCUAGUGCACAAGGUUCGAAGGCGGCUAACCCACAAAAAGACCCAGGUGUCCCUAGUCUCUUUCAGGUUCUGCCUCCGCAGGCGGCACCUGCCGAGGGCGCAUCAGAGUCCACUCGGACGAAGAAGCGCUGGGGCUGCAGGCGGUACAGGCGAACAGCAUACCGCAACAAGCCACGCCGGAGGUCCUCUCUGGGAAGAGGAAAGAAAAAAGAAAACACACUUCUAAGAAGAGUAAGAAGAGCAGGCGUUCGGAAUCGGAUGAUGAUUCAGGUACCUCUUCUUCUUCCGACUCUGAUAGUGAUGAUUCUAGGGAGGAGUAUUGGGGUCACGGCGAGGACUGCGUGGGCCUUCCUUCUUGGGCCCAUGAAAGGAGGGCCAAUUCCUACCGUAAGUCCUUUAAUGGGACUCUCGAGUGGAAGGACGGCGCCCUAGUGCCGGAUGUUAAAACCUCCACGCACCUGUCCACAGAUUUCAUUGUAGGUAACCAUUUAUCCCAGAAAAAGAGGGACAAGAUCCUCAAUGGUGAUUUUAUUGAUAUGUUCCGAUUGUUGCCUCCAGCUAAGUUGACAGGUAAAGGAGAAAAGAGGCGCAGCCAUGGAAAACGCAGGUACAGAGCACCCAGAGUUGAGCGCACUUUCGACCAUUGGCUUGAUGGGUUCCAGGUGUUUAUGGGUGUGGUCAGUGCGGCUUAUCCUAAACGGGCGAUGCAUUUAGUCGCCUACUUGGCCCAUGUGAGGAGGGCUAGGGAUCUAGCGGGGGAUACAGCCGCUCUAAAUUACGAUGAGGAUUUUCGCAGAAAUGCGUCGCUGUUAUCUUCCACUCGUUGGGAUCUGAGGGACCAGAACUAUUGGUCUGAGCACGUAGGCCCCUACGUAGACAAGAAGCCCCAGGACUCGUCAAAAGCCUGGAAGACCGCUCCAAGACAGAGGCGACUGUGCUGGGAGUUCAAUAAAGGGGUCUGUGUGCGGCCGGUCUGUAAGUACAGCCACGAAUGCGAAAAAUGCCUUGGUAACCACCCGGCCACUGCCUGCCUUAAAGGGAGGCAGCCCUUUCGGGGGGGGAGAGGUUCCUACAAUCAGGGUUCCAGGGGCGGCCAUGGAACCCCAUUGGGACCUCAAGGGAACAGGCAGUAA